GGUGCCUGAGGCGGAACACGAGACGCUGCACGCCACCGGCUAAAUGUCUGAAUUGAUAUUCACAUAUAUGCAGCUGCUGUCCACGGUGGUCGAGAUCUAUCCAUGGCCACAUGUAACGUCUCCUACCGUGGACACUAAACCAAGCUCGGUUUUUCGGUGGCUGUUGCCUCGUGCAGAAGAUCCAUCUUCUCUGCCAGGAACCCGUCCUCGCCAUCUCCUUGACAUCAGUCUAAAUUAUGUGCCAAUACAUCUGGGACUGGCUUCUGUCGGAGUGAGCCUGUCCUCACAGCGGUCAUCUGCAGAUCGAACGGCGUCAGCAUGGCAGAGAUGGAGUGGCGACCGAGACCGCACUCCUGGCGACGGCGACGCGCCGUAGCGUUGAGGCUGAUAGUGGUCGCGCUGCUAAUGUGGCUUGUCUUCGUGAAUUUUGCAGAUCAGUUUCAUCCAGAACGCAGAGAGGCCUUGACGGUCGCACACGGUCGCCCGCCCAAGCCCGAUGCCGUCAUGGAAGACGUCGCACACGCCAUUCCCGCACCAGCGUGGCACGAUCCGAAAGCCGAGUCACCCCAAACGCCUCUUCAAGCACCCCGAAUCCCUGUUACUAGCGGAGAUUUGAUCAGUACGAACGGCAUCAGAUCCAACACACAGCUCGAAAGCGCCCUGCGCGAAGUGAUCUCCCUUCUCCCCGACGAGGCCCUCCUCCGCGACCUGCUACGGCCGAUCGAUCGGACGGGAGAGGAAAAGAUGCGGGAGUUAGGGCUACGGACGCGAUCGUUCAAAAAGCAUUUCGCAGCGUGGGAAGCCCUACAUCUCGUUGUGGAGGGCAGCAGUGUCCACGCGCGCAACGAUAUUGUGCAGACGGUCCGACGAGAUCCCAGGAUCGCCACCGCGCUCGAGAUGGACGUGACGCAGGUCCUCCACGCAUACGAAGCGUAUCGCGCCUUCAUAACCCGGUUCGCGAUGCUCCUGUUCCCGUGGAUCAUGCCUUACUUUCCCGACCACAUCUCGCUCCACGCAGAGUUCCACAACGGCGGGAAGGGUCUCGUCUUCUGCGCCGGAGACAACCACGCCCCGUUCCUCCUCACCUCCAUCCCGUCUAUCCGACGGCUCGGCUGCGAUCUACCAAUUGAAGUCAUGUACUUGGGCGACGGGGAUCUCAGUCAGGACUUCCGCGCGGAGCUCGAAGCCAUCCCGGGCGUGAUAACCCGCGACGUGAGCCAGAUGGUGACUGACCGCGGCUGGAAGCUCGCCGGAUGGGCCGGCAAGCCGUGGGCGAUCCUCUUCUCCAGCUUCCGCGAGGCGAUGUUCAUCGACGCCGACGCCCUAUUCUUCCAGAACCCGGGGGAUCUCUUCGACCACCCGUCGUACCGGGCGACGGGGGCACUGUUCUUCCGGGACCGGUUCAUGAUGCCCGAGUCGAAGAAGAAGUGGAUGCAGCAGAUCCUCCCCCGGCCGAUUUCAAAGAAGGCGACCGAGAGCCGCUUCUGGACGGGCGAUAGCGGACACAUGCAGGAGUCGGGGGUGGUCGUGAUUGACAAGUGGGUGCACUAUGUGGCGCUCCUUCUAGUGGCGCGGAUGAAUGGGCCAGACCGCGAUGGGAAUUCUGCGGUCGGGAAGAUCGGUGUGUAUGACAUGGUUUAUGCACCAGGCGACAAAGAAACAUUCUGGUUGGGAUGGGAACUCGUCGGCGACACAGACUACGCAUUCCACCAGGGCGACGCAGCCACCAUGGGAACCCUCGAGCCGCAACUAACACCAGAAACACAGCCCAGCGAGGACCCAAAUGCAGAGGAAACCCCAACGCAAUACACCAUCUGCGCACCGCAACUCCUCCACCUCGAUGAAGACGGAAAACCCCUCUGGUUCAACGGGUGGCUCCUCGCGAAUAAGUACUCCGGGAAGAAGAAUGAGCCCGCGCGCUUCGAGUCGUACAUCCAGGAGCCGCGAGAGGUGCGCGAGCCGGGGGCGUGGCAGUUGCACUCGGAUAAUAUCUGCUGCUUGACGGCGGAGAAUGCGGCCAACUUCACGGAGCAGGAGAAGGACACGUUGACGUGGAUUUCCGAGGCUGGAUACCGCGCUGGUGCGUUCGGGGGGAAGAGAGUCUGA